UUGUUUCGGCGUGCCGCCGAUUUACGGGCUCGUGCACGUAGCGUUUGUUGUGGUAAAAUCGCAGCGAUCAAACGUGCUGCGGCAAGGAUGCAAGAUGUUUUGACCACAGCAGACAUCGAAUAGCGUGCUUGAGCUCCCUAAAACAACAUGGAGGAAUAAAAUACAGUAAAACAGCGGCGUCCUGCUCUAUCCAUCCCAUCGAGCACAGCACGUGAAGCAUGCAAUGCAUUUAUUCAGAAUGGGUUUUGUCGCUCGCGCUGGCCUGCCGUCGCAAAUGCAUAACAGACAGUCCUAGUGUUUGUCAUAUUAUGCAUGCAGAUGUGUAGUACAGCUGAAUCCCUUAGCUGUUAAGAACCCUUGGAAAUAUGAGCCAAACGUCAGAGCCUUCAGACGAUGCUGCUGUGACUGAAGCUCCAGAUACUCAAUCUGAAACCAAGCAAUCAACAGCAGGGAAGAAACAGAACAAAAAGAAAGUGGAAGAAGUGGUGGAGGAAGUAGAAGAGGAGUAUGUUGUGGAGAAGGUCCUGGAUCGGCGUGUGGUGAAGGGAAGAGUGGAGUAUCUCCUCAAGUGGAAAGGCUUUUCUGACGGCGACAACACCUGGGAACCAGAGGACAACCUAGACUGUCCUGACCUCAUAGCAGAAUUCCUUAAGUCGCAGAAAUCGGCUGAAUCUGGAGGCAAGAGGCGGGCAGAGUCAGACGGAGAUGGAAAGGAGACCAAAAAGCGCAAGGAUGAGCCUGAGAAACUCAGAGGUUUUACACGUGGUUUGGAUCCUGAGAGGAUUAUUGGUGCUACAGACUCAAGUGGAGAACUCAUGUUCCUCAUGAAAUGGAAAAACUCUGAUGAAGCUGAUCUAGUACCAGCCAAGGAGGCGAAUGUAAAGUGUCCACAAGUGGUCAUCUCCUUUUACGAGGAACGUCUCACCUGGCAUUCAUACCCCACUGAAGAGGAAGAGAAGAAGGAUGACAAAAACUAGACACACAAAAAAAAACAAAGAUGUAAGGGACAGUCAAUAUCAGUCAUGGCCAUUGGUAUGCUUGUUGUGUUCUUCAUUUUAUUUUUAAGAUGGCAAAGGAAAACUGUCAGAAACAUUUGUAAAAAGCAACAGUAUAAACUGUAAUCUACAUAGGUUUCAGCGUAUUUUAGUUUGGGCACCGUUGCCAUAGAUGAAGCAAAUAGAACACUGCUGCCUCAGUGUGCUUGACAGGUGACUUUGCACAUUUAAUGUACUCUUCAUGCUUUCUAUUGACGGAAACAUUCAGAUCAUGUUUUGAAGGAGAAUCACAGUCUGAUAUUCAUACAUGUGAAAUAGUGUUCUUUACAUGUUAGAAAUGUUGAACAUUCCCCCCCCCCACCCUGUGUAGAUUACAGUGUUUAGUCUAUCAUACUGGGUCGGUUUUGUUUGAUGCUGUAGCUGUCUCAA